CCCUCUCCGGCCCUCAGUCGCUUCCUCGGCGCGGACUCGAGCGCACGGUGCCCCGGCCAGUUCGCAGUGGCACAGAGCGGAGGAGCCGUGGCUGGAUGUCCGGGCAUCACAGGGGAAUUACCGCACUAAUCCGUAAAUGUGAUGAGAUUAUAGGACAACAUUGUUUUCUUGACCUUUCCAGGAUAAUCUGACGCGCAGAGGGAGAAAAUUUGCCUUCGAAGUGUUUCUGGAGUUUGGAUGUUUUCUCACACGCUGAAGGUGCACGAGUAAAAAACAAAGAUGUCGCCACCUUGCUCCCUCCUGCUGUUUUUGAGCGUGGCCCAGCUGCUCUCCCACUCCUCCCCCCUGCCCUUCGAGCAGAAGGGCUUCUGGGACUUUGCCAUGGACACCAUGGACGGCGUUGGGAUGAUGGCGAUGAUGAGGGACGAGGAGGAAGGCUCCGGCGUGGUGCCCAACGAGAUCCCGGUGUGCCCCUUCGGCUGCCACUGUCGGCUCAGGGUCGUCCAGUGCUCCGACCUGGGUCUGACCGCGGUGCCGCCGAACAUCCCUCCAGACACCAGGUUCCUGGACCUGCAGAACAACCGUAUCACCGAGCUCAGAGAAAAUGACUUCAAAGGUCUCACUCACUUAUAUGGUCUGUCUCUGAGGAACAACAUUAUUUCCAAAGUCCACCCCAAAGCAUUUGUCCCCCUGAAGACCAUGCAAAAGCUCUACUUCUCCAAGAACCUGCUCACCGCCAUCCCCAGGAACCUGCCAGCGUCGCUGGUGGAGCUCCGGAUCCACGAGAACCGCAUCAGGAAGGUGGCGGCGGGAGCCUUCGCCGGACUGCGCAACAUGAACUGCAUAGAGAUGGGAGCAAACCCCAUCCAGAACAGUGGCUUCGAGCCGGGAGCCUUCAAGGGACUGAAGCUGAAUUUCCUGCGUAUUUCUGAGGCCAAACUGACCGGUGUGCCUAAAGAUCUCCCUGAGAGUCUGCAUGAACUUCACCUGGACCACAACCAGAUCCAGGCUGUGGAACUGGAAGACCUGCGCCGCUACAGAAACCUGUACAGACUGGGCCUGGGAUUCAACCACAUCCGCAACAUCGAGAACGGCAGCCUGUCCUACGUGCCCAUGCUGAGGGAGCUGCAUCUGGACAACAACCGCCUCACCCGCGUCCCCACCGGGCUCCCGGACAUGAAGUUCCUGCAGGUGGUUUACCUGCACUCCAACAACAUCAGCCAGGUGGGCGUCAACGACUUCUGCCCUCAGGGCUUCGGGAUGAAGAGGACGUUCUACAACGGCAUCAGCCUGUUCGCCAACCCCGUCAACUACUGGGAGGUGCAGCCGGCCACGUUCCGCUGCGUGGGCGACCGGCUGGCCAUUCAGUUCGGCAACUACAAGAAGUAGAGGCAGGGAGGGAGCGGAGGAGCGCGGAGGGAGGACGGAGGCGUAAUUUAAAGAAAUAAAAAGACUUGAGAGUUAGGCAAAAAGGAGUUCAUAUUUCAGGAGAGAAGUGUUAUGAUGAUAUUUUCUGGGGUGGAUGAACGAAACCACAAUAACGGAACUUGAAGGGUGCAGAGAGCGACGCGCUUGCAGUUCUUCACCUGAGCUUUUUGCAAUUGGGAAUUUAGAGUUUAAAUAAGUCAACAUUUUAAUAUGAUAGAGAUGAGAAGAAUGUUUCCGCCGUAUCAAUCCAUGAAAAAGAGGACUGAACACUUGUGAAGCAUCUCAUUCCAUUUUUUUUAGUUCUUAUUGUGAUUUAAAACAUUAACAUGUUUGGUCAAGAGUAUGAACAUAGAUGUCAUCAUAGAUUUCUUAUAUACUAUAUAAAAGGUGCUGUUUUUUAAUUUCUGUGUUUGCUGAUCCAUCACAUUGUUCCUGUUUGACUGGCCUGAAGCCAUCGCGCCCUAGGCUCCGCGUUUAUCACCGUACGCGGACACGUCGCCAUCGGUUGAACGGCGUUUGUGCGUCAAACCAUUCAAAGGGCAGUGGGUCCACUUGAAGCUUCCUCUCAUGGGAUCAGAACAUCUCGUCUUUCCUGAACCAGCAGCCCGUGUAUGGAGCCGAUCCCGUGCCUGUGUUCAACCAGCUGUCUGAUUCAGUUUUCCUCCGGGGGACGUUGGGUAGUGGAGGAAACACACAUUUGCUUCGCUUUAAAGACAAUAAAGGCACUGUGUUCACAUAGUGCUGCCAAUAAUAGUAGUGUUGAUGCAUUGUUUGCACAGUUUUUUCUGUUUUCUGCUUGGGGGUCAUGGGGGGAGGGGGGUGGUGGGGGAAGCCAUAAGUAUUCUGUCCUGCCUCUGUUCUGUAACCUGACGAGCUACUGCUGCAUGUGAAUAAAGACAUUUUUAGCCGACUGCAUUACACCAGAAAACAACUGAUGGCCCUGUGGUGGACGCUGUAAAUAAAGGUUAAAUCAAAUGGAAAAUAUUGGAUGGAUGAUACAACAAUUUAUAAACAACAGGACAAUUAUUUAAAAAACGAACAAUAACCAUAAUAACGCCUGAAAACCCAAUUUUACUCCACACAUUACUAAUAAGCAUUAUUUGACAACAAAUAUUGCAUCAGGACGGAAGCAGAGUAUCGAUGAUAGUACUGUUCAUUCAUUU